AAUUCAAGGCCAUUGUUUCCACCCCUUCAAAUGACAAAAUGGAAAAGCUACAUUUUCCGGUUUUAAUUUGAAGUUAUGGCUAACAUUUCUCAUCUCCACCGCUACCUCCACCAUGACCCCGUCGACGGCGAGUCUCACCACCGUCGCCACCACUACCGACUGCCGCAGCACCAUCAUCACCUUACUGCGGACCCUUACUUCCCUCUCUUCUCCUCCUCCUCUUCUGGUACUCACCCCCCGCACGCCGCUAUCCGCGACCCCAGCCCACGUCCCGGACACACUAAUUUUAAUAUUCGGACACUCGAGGACGACGACGUCUCGGAUUCUGAAUCAGUUAUCCUCGGAGGCCCGGAUCUACUGGAUCGCGAGAACCAGGUUAGUCUUGUAAUGGAUAUGUUUCAACACCGGGUCCUGCAAUCUCAGGUAACGGGUCAUAGUUCUCAUUUGGCAUCUGAUUCGCUUAACGAAUUGGACUUUGGUGAUAUAGAGGAGAAUUAUGUAUUGAGUAUGGAUAAUUUGGAACUCGAUUUAGGGUUACGGAUUGGUUUAGACGGUCACGAGAGUGGUGAGUUUCAAAAUACAGGCCGUAAUCAUAGUCACAGUGAUACUAAUAAUAAUAAUGAUGAUGAUUAUAGCAGAAAUGUAGUUAUAGAUGAUGAUUACGAUGAUAAUUUCUUCAUGGAGAGAAGCCUUUCCGGAACCCAAUCUUGUGGGGCUGAGUCUACCGUUAGCUUUUGCACCAGUUCCGUGAGGGUUGUUGGGUUUGGAUCAGAUCCUGAUUCAGAAGAUAAUGAGAAUUCGUUAACUAUAGAUUUUUAUUCAGGGCAUGACGAUGUUUUGGAUCGUGUAAAUAUAGAAAAUGAUAAUUAUGAUAAUGUUGACCGAGAUGAUGAGGAAGAUGCAAGCGUUAAUAUUCCUCUUUGUUGGGAUUCGCUUCAAUUGGAGGAUGACAGAGAAAACAAUGAGGAUUUUGAGUGGGAGGAAGUGGAUAGCCGCGUUGAUGAGAGAGAGGUUCUAAGCAUGUUUGUUGAUGACGAGCAGGCCUCUGUUUCUAUCUCCAUUUCACCUAUUAUUGCCCUUGAGGACAUGGAGAGUCUAGAGAGGGGAGGAGGAUUGGGAAAUUUGGAAUGGGAAGUUUUGUUGAACGCAAACAACUUGGACACUAAUCUGGAACACGACCAUGACCAUGCUGCUGAGCUGUAUUUUGGGGAUCAUGAUGAUUAUAUUUACACUACUGAGUAUGAGACUUUGUUUGGGCACUUUGCAGAGAAUGAGAAUGCUAUGCUUGGUCGGCCUCCAGCAGCAAAAUCUGUUGUUGAGAAGCUUCCAUCUGUCUUUCUGACAAAAGAGGAUGUUGACAAUAGUAAUGCACUUUGUGCUGUUUGUAAUGACGAGAUUAAUGUUGGAGGCAGGGCAAGGAAGUUGCCUUGCACACACUGGUAUCAUGGGGAGUGCAUUUUGCCCUGGCUAGCGAUUAGAAAUACUUGCCCAAUAUGUCGAUAUGAGUUGCCUACAGAUGAUGUAGAUUAUGAGCGGAGAAAGGCAGCAGCACAAAGAACUGUUACUGCUGGUCUGCACCUUUAAUUGGUAAUACAUUUGGUCAUGUAUGCUUUUUUUUGACCUUUUAUCGGCAUUAGGUUUGUUAAGCAUGUAGAUAUUUCUUUUGGAAUGUAUUGCUUCCCUUUGUGAGGAUAAUGAGGUUCAUCACAAUUUACUAUGAAUAUGAGCGAGUAUAAGAACAUUAUUUUGGCAACAUUGUACUCUUGGGAAAUUUUUAUUUUGAUAAUGUUUAAUGAUUCUUGGAGUGGUUCUGCA